ACUUCUCCACGUUGAAGAGCUCCACUUAACUUACACGACAACUUCCCUUUUUCAUUCUCUUCAUUCUUAUUCUGAAUAGUUUUGGGAAAGAAGUUUUGACUUCAGCAUGGACUUAAUGCAGUUUCUACCGGAAUCGUUUAAGAAGAUUCCAUGCCACAUGGACUAUGAGGGACAGAAGCGAGCAGAACAGCUAUUUCAAGUCAUCAUCAUUUUAUUUGGGGUUGUAGGGUUCAUUUGGGGUUACAUCUGUCAACAGUUCUCACAGACCAUGUACAUCUUACUUGCUGGAUUUGCGCUAUCAUGCAUUUUGACUCUACCUCCUUGGCCAAUGUUCAGACGAAAACCGCUCCAGUGGCAGAAAGAAAGGCCAGAACCAUCAUCAGAUCAAAAGGAGGCCAGUACUCCAUCCCAGACUUCUCAGAAGUCAAAGAAAAAGAAGUAAACUUGGACCAAAAUCAAUAGGUGUUGGUGUUGUUAUGACGUGAUAUAAUAUUUGUGUAUGUGAAUCUGAGGUGACUGCGACUGUGUGAGGAUUUUCAAGACUAUUCAACAUCAUUCUGCAACACGUUUAGUGUGCUGCAAUUGAUUAUCUCAUUUCAGAAAAAAUCUCAUCCCCUUUUAUCUACUUUUAAAUAUUAAUAAUGCAAAUUGUCAUUGAAUCUGAAGAUCAUAAUCACUGAUGCAUUUUAGGUAAAGCAAUCAUGGAGUCAUUUGAAUUCACUUCUUGAAAUAUAUAGUGCAAUAGUUAUACAUGUACUAUAAGGCUUUUUACAUGUGAAUAUUUGUAUAUGAGAAUGUUGACACUUGUCAUUAAAGAUAUAAAAAUAAAUGUCUGAAUAUGUA